GCUUCCCGGAAAGGACAAGUUUCCAUUGGAUUAGUAUGUCACGUGACAAUUACAAUUUAGUAUAUAAACGCGCGAGCACUCAGCAAUGGCAGAUAGCCCAAAGUUUUGCUGGCGGCAAGUUCAAACCUUGGAAAACAAAUAAAGUAACAAUAACCUUUAGAAUGAGACCAUCAUCCCAAAUUGAGGCAAAGUGUUGGCUGUGUCCCAUGACGUUUAGGACAAGGAGACAACUGAAAAAUCAUCUGGCAGCUGCCCCACACAAAAGGCUUUCGGUCAUUUGUGUUUGGUGUCCUGAGGAGAAGUCCUACAGGAGGAUGGUUGACCUUAAGGAGCAUGUCAUGGCUCACCACCGCAGUAAAAUAGAACUGAUGCCUUAUAGCUUCCUGAGCGAAAACAAUGGGUUUUGGAUGGCAAACUAUCCAGAGACAUAUGCUAAGGUAAUCCUACCAUCAAAUGAGAAUUCACAAGAAGCAAUGAAAGCCAGGAUUGAGGUUCUUGAAUUUUUAAACAGGGUGGACAACACCAACAGAAAGAAAGAGGAAUGGACUCUAGGGUGGAAGUGUCCGAAGGAGAUGGUAAAAGGUACACAAGAAGAAGAGGUUGAGUCGGAGAAACCCAAUGGAUCUUACUCACCAACACGCCCCACUAUUUAUGAAGGGCUGGCCCUCCAGCAACUAACUUUGGGACUUGGGGACUCUACAGCCAUUUUUAAAUUGGACCUUGGAGUGUCCAUAAGAUUUUAUAUGAUCCAUUUGAAUGACUCCGUUCUUAGAGACCAAAAAAUGCUUGACGCUUUGAUUAGAAGGAUGACAGCACUAGUUAACACAAAGUACGCAGGAUCACAUACCUUCUCUGUAUCGAUAGACGGUAAACUAAAGUCUAUAGUGACUCCUGUAGUGGCUAGGAAAUUAUCAAUAAAGGAGGAGUAUAUAACGGAUAUAAAAACAUCAGGCGAAUUAUUCCCAGGAAAACAGACAAAAGCCGCCACAAAUCAACUAUCACCACUGAAAACACCAUCAACAUCGGAUAUCAUUUUAGAAGACGACAGCGACAAUGAAGAACCAGAGAUUUUAGAGGAACCAACAAGCCAGAAGAAGGGUAGAAAGACGACCGAGAAAGAAGAAGAGAGAUAUGUAGAGAAAAGAAAGAAAAAGACUAACCACCAGGAACAGAAGGCAAAGAAAAUAAAGAAAGGAAAGGAUUACAAGAAACAGGAUGAGGAAAUGACAUUAACAGAGGAAGGACAUAAGAGAACGGAAAAACAGGAACAGGAGGAGAUCAAACGGAAAGAGGAAGAACAUAAGAAGCGGGAAAAACAGAAACAGGAGGAGGAAGUCAGACUAAAGGAAGCAGAACAAAAGAGAAAGGAAAAACCGGAACAGGAGGAGAUCAAAAGGAAGGAGGAAGAACAUAAGAAGCAGGAAACACGGAAACAGGAGGAGGAAGUCAGACUAAAGGAAGCAGAACAAAAGAGAAAGGAAAAACAGGAACAGGAGGAGAUCAGACAGAAGGAGGAAGAACGUAAGAAGCAGGAAAAACAGAAACAGGAGGAGGAAGUCAGACUAAAGGAGGCAGAACAAAAGAGAAGGGAAAAACACAAACAGGAUGAGGAAAUUAGAAUGAAAGAGGAAGAACUAAGGAGACAGGAGGAGGCAGAAACCAAGAGAUUAGCAGAAGAAACCAGGUCAAAUGAAGCAGAACUAAUGAGACUACAGGAAGGAGAGAACCUGCAAAGUGAACAGUUUUACACUGCCAGUGAAAGAGCAGACAAACUUUUAAGGAGAGGUGGGAUGCCACUUUUCCCAGCUGGGAGGAGGGAAUGGGAAAAAGAAGAAAUCGUAACUUUGAUUACCAUACCAGCUGAAGUGAAAUGGCCCCCGAAAAACUGGAAAAACAUGACCCCUGAACAAAGAUAUUUCAAUUGGGAGUAUGCUAGCAUUGCAUUGGAGUUAAACACCGGGAAACAGCUUCAAUUUUCAAAGGAGGAGCUUCUAUUAAAGUAUCACUUUUUGGCACUUCCAGGCACGAAAACCCCACAAUCAACAGAGGGCAAUACAAUGACAGUAAAGUCUAGAUACUAUCUGUACCAAGCAAUUGCCAAUAUCAUUAAGAGUAAAACAGACGAUCCCACCACCUUACAAUUGCUUGAUAUGAUUGAAGCAUCAUCAUCAAAGAGAGACACAUCAACAGACACUAUCUUGAACAAAAUUGAUGCCGUGGGUGUACAACUUAGACUUGGUGAAGACCAAUGAAGAGAAAGACAAUUUAUGAACAAUUCUUUUAAAUAACAUAGUUAUACUGUUUUUUAAUUCAGGAGAAUUAAUAUAUAUUGAAGUUGGGGGAAGUGUAAGGCAUUGGAAGUACUUGUUAUGAUAUUAUAAAUUCAGAAAAAGGAAAUAUUAUUUUUUUAAACAUAACGGUUGUGUUCUUACGCAUAGUAACUUGGCUCGAACGAGCAAGUAAAACAUUUUUUUAUCAAAGAUGUGGCAUUAAUUUACUAUUUUUAUGUAUGGAUUUCACAGGCCAAAGUUUCAUUUUUUUGUUUACCAAAUAUAAAGGGGGGAAGCAUUUCAUCAGCUAUGAUAUGAAUUUCUAGUUCAUGUUUGUAUAUAGGUUCAAGAUGAUGUUGACAAUUAUCAAGGAUAUCAAAUUUUUAAUGUGUAAAACACUGGAAGUGAAAUGAAUUUUUCAUUUGUUUACAUUUUGUUGUACAAGUGUUACGGCAGGGAAUGUAUGUAAUUACUCAUGGCUUACCUUCUACAUGCUUUAUAUCAUGUAAUUCCAGAUUUAAGGAUCAUUUCUUGUAACCAAAUAUUCAUAUUUAAACGUCUAAUAUGCCUGAUAUACAUAGGAAAAUACUUCAAUCGAAUUGUUUAUUUACGGAGACUUUGUCGUCUGCCAUUUUGUGGGGACCGAAACAUGUGUUUUGAUAUCUUUAAAUACCAAUUCGUCCCCUGGACAUUUGAUCUAACAUUGUAUUUUUAAUACCACAGAUAAGAUUUUUAAUAAGUAUACCCUGCCGGACACAAAUAUAUUGUAAAUAUUUAGAUGGUUGAAAUGAACUAUGUUGUAUGUUAUUUACGUAUUAUGUAAUUACGCAGAUCGUCUGCUAAAUCAAUGCGCGCGCAGUGGUGUCCGAUUGAUUAUUUCAAGCUUCU